GAGUGGGGUGAGAGCGACUCGACCAGAAAAAUAAAAUUUUAUUUAAUUAAAAAUCGGACACCAAAGAAGCUCUGCAAAUUCAUUCGGUUAAAAUGCUUUCGAUAUGCAACCAAAACCCUAAAAUGGUUGACUAUUCUUCUUCCCUCUCUCUUUAAAUAAAGCGAAGGAGAGCUUCAACUAUAUCUCGUCUCUUUCAUUCUCCAUUGAUUACUUUUAUAUUUUUCGGCAACUAACUAAUUGCGAGAGACAUAUCUUGUCUUGUUUAUUAUUAAAUUAUUAUCACUGGUUACUGUCAUUCUUCUUCUGUAUUCUGUCGAGUCUUAAACCCUAGACCCUUCCUACGCUUUCAGUUUGUCUGGUAAGAGAGAGAGAGAGAUGGGUUUUUGCAUGAAUUCCUGCGAAAGCUUUUCUGCAACGUUAGUUUCGUCUUCGUUGUCUUCCAUAUCCCAAUCGAACUUACUGAAAGUAGGCGGUGUUCCUUUCGUGUACUGGAAGAAGUCCGGGAAAAAGAAAAAUGGCGCGUCUUUUAAGCUCCAUCUCUGGCGGCCAUUACCUUGGUCUACCAACCCGGCUAAUCGGCCUAGUUCUCUUCGUUGCCAACAUGGCUUGGCUGUCACCCUAAACGAUUCGACGAAUGGCGCGUUCGGUGGUGCUCCGGUAGGGAAGCGAACUGAUCUAAAGAAGAUCAUGAUACUCGGCGCUGGACCCAUUGUCAUCGGACAAGCUUGCGAGUUCGACUACUCGGGCACACAAGCUUGCAAGGCUCUCAAGGAGGAAGGCUACGAGGUGGUUCUCAUAAAUUCCAACCCAGCUACAAUCAUGACCGAUCCUGACAUGGCGGAUAAGACCUAUAUCGGCCCAAUGACCCCUGAGCUAGUGGAGCAGGUCAUUGAGAAAGAGAGGCCCGACGCUCUCCUGCCCACCAUGGGAGGACAGACAGCUCUCAAUCUUGCUGUAGCAUUGGCAGAAACCGGGGCGUUGGAGAAGUACGGCGUUGAGUUGAUCGGAGCAAAGCUGGGCGCGAUCAAGAAAGCAGAAGAUAGAGAUUUGUUUAAACAAGCAAUGGAGAAUAUUGGGAUCAAGACACCUCCUUCAGGGAUAGGUACCACCUUAGAGGAGUGUUUCGAGAUUGCCGAUUCUAUUGGGGAGUUCCCUCUGAUUAUUCGGCCUGCAUUCACGUUGGGUGGCACCGGAGGUGGGAUCGCUUACAAUAGAGAGGAAUUCGAGUCAAUUUGCAAGUCUGGGCUUGCAGCCAGUUUGACAUCUCAGGUGCUGGUUGAGAAAUCCCUGUUGGGAUGGAAGGAGUACGAGCUUGAGGUUAUGAGAGACUUGGCAGACAAUGUUGUUAUUAUAUGCUCUAUUGAAAAUAUUGAUCCUAUGGGGGUCCAUACAGGAGACUCCAUAACGGUUGCCCCUGCUCAGACCCUGACAGAUAAAGAGUACCAACGCCUUAGGGAUUACUCGGUUGCGAUCAUAAGGGAAAUUGGAGUAGAAUGUGGGGGUUCAAAUGUCCAGUUUGCUGUCAAUCCCAAAGAUGGGGAAGUAAUGGUGAUUGAAAUGAAUCCUAGAGUUUCAAGGUCUUCGGCUUUGGCAUCCAAGGCUACUGGGUUUCCUAUAGCAAAGAUGGCUGCAAAGUUAUCCGUUGGCUACACAUUGGAUCAGAUUCCUAAUGACAUUACAAAGAAAACUCCAGCUAGUUUUGAACCUUCAAUUGAUUAUGUGGUGACAAAGAUACCUCGCUUUGCUUUCGAAAAAUUCCCUGGUUCACAACCGAUACUGACAACCCAAAUGAAGUCAGUUGGUGAAUCCAUGGCACUUGGCCGUACAUUCCAAGAAUCCUUUCAAAAGGCAGUUCGAUCACUGGAGUGUGGCUACUCUGGAUGGGGUUGUGCACAGAUCAAGGAACUGGAUUGGGAUUUUGAACAGUUGAAGUACAGCCUCCGGGUCCCUAGUCCAGAUCGCAUGCAUUCUAUUUAUGCAGCAAUGAGGAAGGGGAUGAAGGUGGAUGAAAUCCAUGAGUUGAGCUACAUUGAUAAAUGGUUUCUUACACAGCUUAAAGAGCUGGUAGAUGUGGAGCAAUUCUUAUCGACCCAAAGCUUGUCACAACUGACUAAGGAUGAUCUGUAUGAAGUGAAGAGGAGGGGUUUCAGUGAUAAACAGAUUGCCUUUGCGACCAAAUCAACCGAGAAAGAAGUUAGGUCAAGGCGGUUAUCUCUUGGGGUAACUCCAGCAUAUAAGCGGGUUGAUACCUGUGCUGCAGAGUUUGAAGCCAAUACUCCAUACAUGUACUCGUCCUAUGAUCAUGAGUGUGAAUCGAGUCCCACCAAAAGGAAGAAGGUUCUGAUUUUGGGUGGAGGACCAAACCGGAUAGGUCAAGGUAUUGAAUUUGACUACUGUUGCUGCCAUACUUCUUUUGCCCUUCAGGAAGCUGGUUUUGAGACAAUCAUGAUGAACUCUAAUCCUGAGACAGUCUCAACUGAUUAUGACACAAGUGAUCGGCUCUACUUUGAACCUCUGACAGUUGAAGAUGUUCUGAACAUCAUUGACUUAGAAAGACCAGAUGGCAUCAUUGUACAGUUUGGAGGGCAGACACCUCUCAAGCUGGCACUCCCAAUCCAACGCUACUUGGAUGAGCACAUGCCUGUGUCCUCUAGUGGGUCUGGACAUGUUAAGAUAUGGGGGACAUCACCUGAUUCCAUUGAUGCAGCUGAGGACCGUGAAAGGUUCAAUGCAAUACUAAAAGAACUGGAGAUUGAACAACCAAAAGGUGGAAUUGCCAAGAGCGAAGCUGAUGCUCUGGCUAUAGCCAUGGACAUAGGCUAUCCAGUUGUUGUCCGGCCUUCAUAUGUAUUGGGUGGGCGUGCUAUGGAAAUUGUUUAUAGUGAUGACAAGCUUGUAACCUAUCUUGAGAAUGCUGUUGAGGUGGAUCCUGAACGCCCUGUCUUGAUUGAUAAAUACCUCUCGGACGCCAUUGAGAUUGAUGUAGAUUCACUUGCUGAUUCACAUGGGAAUGUAGUGAUUGGUGGAAUCAUGGAGCACAUUGAGCAGGCAGGGGUCCACUCUGGUGACUCAGCCUGUUCACUCCCCACAAAGACUGUCCCCUUGUCAUGCUUGGAAACAAUUCGGUCAUGGACAGUAAAGCUGGCUAAGAGGCUAAAUGUGUGCGGACUCAUGAACUGUCAGUAUGCAAUCACAGCAUCUGGGGAGGUAUUCUUGCUUGAGGCCAACCCCCGUGCAUCACGGACGGUCCCUUUUGUGUCCAAAGCAAUUGGACACCCACUGGCCAAGUACGCUUCUCUUGUCAUGUCAGGAAAGUCUCUUCAUGACCUUGGAUUCACCAAGGAGGUUAUCCCAGCCCAUGUCUCAGUCAAGGAAGCUGUGCUUCCAUUUGAGAAGUUUCAAGGCUGUGAUGUGCUGCUUGGCCCCGAGAUGCGUAGCACUGGUGAGGUCAUGGGUAUUGAUUUUGAUUUCCCAGUUGCCUUUGCCAAGGCUCAGAUUGCUGCAGGGCAGAAACUACCGCUCUCAGGCACUGUGUUCCUCAGCUUAAAUGACUUGACAAAGCCACAUCUUGCUAACUUGGCCCGUGCCUUUUUGGGGCUUGGUUUCAGGAUCGUUGCAACAUCUGGCACAGCACAUGUGCUAGAGUUAGAGGGUAUCCCGGUAGAGAGGGUGCUGAAGCUGCAUGAGGGACGCCCCCAUGCUGGUGAUAUGGUUUCUAAUGGACAGAUACAGUUGAUUGUGAUGACAAGUUCGGGUGAUGCACUUGAUCAGAUCGAUGGCCGACAAUUACGGAGGAUGGCUCUUGCAUACAAGGUCCCUAUCAUAACUACAGUUGCUGGAGCCUUGGCAACUGUGGAGGCAAUAAAAAGUGUGAUGUGCAGCACUAUGAAAAUGAUUGCUCUUCAGGACUUUUUUGACAUUCAGGCAGAACCAGAGAGUUGUCCCAACUUGCAGCCUGCUUCCUCUUUUUGAUCCACUCAGUUGUUGCAUUUGCAUAUAAGCAAUUCCACUUCAUUUGGUGAUUGCUUGUUUAAUUUUUUCCUAUGUUAUGAUUUGUUUCCAGUUUUCUGAUACUUGUUUUUGCGAUCAGGAUGUCAAAUCUUCCAAGUCUCCUGGUAAGAUUUCUUAUAAUUUGGAUAGUGUGAUAUAAUUAGUUUAGACUCAUUAUUCUUUUCCUUGAGAAGGUAACUGAAUUCUGGUGAUGAGAAUGGUGGGAUGUAUUUUAGUUUGAGAUGUGUAAUAUAAUUAGUUUAAACCCAUUAAAAUGUAGGCAUAAUCGCCAUUCUGAAUGUGAAUUAGUUGUUUUCAUUUA